AUGGUCGAGUUGCUUGGGAAGGACCAGCUGCCGCUGCUGCGAACAGCUAUCCUCGCAGGCAUUUGCGUGCUGGCAUUCAUUGUGAGGCUCAACGCGGUGCUCCGGUUCGAGUCUGUCAUUCAUGAGUUUGACCCGUACUUCAACUUCCGGACGACCAAGUACCUGGUGGAGAACGGGUUCUACGAGUUCCACAACUGGUUCGACGACCGGGCGUGGUACCCGCUGGGGCGGAUCAUUGGCGGAACGAUCUAUCCGGGGCUGAUGGUGACUGCUGCAGCGAUGUACAACGCGCUGCAUGCGCUCCACUUUACGAUCGACAUCCGCAACGUGUGCGUGUUUACGGCGCCGCUCUUUGCGUCGUUUACCACGCUUGUGACGUACUUUAUGGGUCGCGAGGUCAAGUCUGAGGGCGCCGGCAUGCUUGCUGCCGGGCUCAUUGCCAUUGUGCCGGGCUACAUCUCGCGGUCUGUGGCCGGGUCGUACGAUAACGAGGCUGUGGCGAUUUUCGCGCUCCUCCUCACGUACACGCUCUGGAUCCGCGCGGUGAACACCGGGUCACUUUCAUGGGCGGGAGCGUGCGCGCUGGCGUACUUUUACAUGGUCUCUGCGUGGGGUGGGUACGUGUUCAUCAUCAACCUCAUUCCGCUCUACACGCUGGUGAUGGUGGUCUCGGGCCGGUUCUCGCACCGGUUGUACGUGGCUUACUCAUCGUUCUACAUGCUCGGCACACUGCUCUCGAUGCAGAUUGCGUUUGUGGGCUUCCAGCCAGUGCAGAGCUCUGAGCACAUGGCGGCGGCAGGCAUGUUUGUCUUCCUCCAGGCGUACGUUGGCGUGGCAUGGCUGCGGUCGCUCCUUGCACCCGAGUCGUUUGACGCGCUCCUCCGGCUGUUGCUGGUCUCGAUCGGGAGCGUGGGCGCGCUCGGGGUGGGCGCUGCGCUGGCGACCGGGUACAUCUCGCCGUUUACUGGGCGGUUCUACGUCAUGCUCGACCCGACGUACGCGUCGAAGCACAUUCCGAUCAUUGCCUCUCUCAACGAUGGCAACGUGUUUGUCAUCAUCUACGCCAUUGCCGCGGUGUACUUUUCGGGCGUCAUGGUCCGUCUCAUGCUCAUUCUCGCCCCGGUCGCACAUCCACCUCGGCGAGCUGCUCAGCGCGGCGGGGCCGAUUCGGGCAGCAGCAAGGGCGGAAGCUCGCGGAAGAGCUCGAGCAAGAAGGGCAAGGGCGCUGGUCAGCCCGAGUACGUCCGCGAGGUGGCGGCGGUGAUGGUGGCCGGAGUCAUGGUCUUCCUUGUUCUGUACACGUACCACUGCUCGUGGGUGACGGCCGAGGCCUACUCGUCACCGUCGAUUGUGCUUGCGGCCGGCCAGCGCGACGGCUCGCGCAUCAUCUUUGACGACUUCCGUGAGGCGUACUGGUGGCUUCGCCACAACACGCCCGAAGACGCACGGGUCAUGUCGUGGUGGGACUAUGGGUACCAGAUCUCGGCCAUGGCCAACCGAACCAUCAUUGUGGACAACAACACAUGGAACAACACCCACAUCUCGCAGGUCGGCCGCGCCAUGGCGUCGCCCGAGGAGGACGCGUACCUCAUCAUGAAGCGGCUCGACGUCAACUAUGUGCUCGUCAUCUUUGGCGGUCUCACCGGCUACUCGUCCGACGACAUCAACAAGUUCCUGUGGAUGGUUCGCAUCGGCAACUCGACGACCUCGGACGUGCUCCCCGACUCGCGCAUCAUCGAGUCCGAGUACUUUAGCCCCAAGGGCGAGUUCAAGAUUGACUCGUCCGGCUCGCCGCGUAUGCUCAACUGCCUCAUGUACAAGCUCUGCUACUACCGCUUUGGAGAGGUCUACACCGACGGCGGCCAGCCGGCCGGCUACGACCGCGUCCGUCAGGUCGAGAUCGGCAACAAGGACAUCGAGCUCGACUACAUGGAGGAGGCCUACACCACCGAGCACUGGCUUGUGCGCAUCUACAAGGUCAAGGAUCCCGAGCUCUUUGCCUAA